AGUGAUAGAAGGUCGCGGGGUCACAGACAGCAUUCAGAGAUUCUCCUCACUGCCGCCCUACCUGCCUGUGAGCUACCACAUCCUCAGAGCAGAGAGCUCCUUCUUCCUGAAGGAGGCCAGCCAGGACCCGCUGGGCAAUGCCAGCCUGCAGUCCCGGGUGGAGUCCUUCUUCGUGUACAGAGCCAGGCAGCCCCCAGUGCUGAACGCCAGCUAUGGGCCUUAUUCUGCAGAGAAGGUUGUGCCUCUGGACUUCAUGUCAACCUCAAAUUUUUUAGGCCCAACCAACAAGUUUACUUUCAACUGGAAACUGAAGGCCUACAUCCUGCGGGACAAGAUCUACCUGAACCGGCCCAAGGUGCAGAUCCUCUUCUACAUCGUGGGCAGAGACUGGGACGACCAUCAGGCAGUGGAGAGGCUGCCCUGCCUGCGGGUCUUCGCUUUCCGGGAGACCCGGGAGGUGAGGGGCAGCUGCCAGCUGGGCGGGGACCUGGGGCUGUGCGUGGCCGAGCUGGAGUUCCCAGCCAGCUGGUUUAGCCCCCUGAUGGUGGUGGGGAGGCGGAAGCCUGUGGAGCAGCCUGAGGGGAGUCCUGUGGAGCUCUACUACACCGUGCAGCCUGGGAGCGAGCGAGGGGACUGCACCGGGGAUGACGUCAGGAAGGGCAAUGCCAUUCGCCCAGGGAAGGGGGGUCUGCAGGGAGCAACCUCACACCUGCAGAGGAUUGGCACCGUGGGCCUGUACCGCACCCAGGACAGUGCCCAGCUCCGCGAGCUGCGCCUGGACGCCAAUGUGGUCAUCUGGCUGCCCUCCCGGCCUGUAAAGCAGGGAGACGUGGUCACUGCCUACAUCACCAUCUCCAGCAACUCUACCAUGGAUUUCUUCAUCCUGAGGGCCAAGGUGAAGAAGGGCGUGAACAUCCUGAGCGCGUGGACCAGUGAGCCCCGGCAGUGGGACGUGAAGCAGGAGGUGGGGAAUGGCGGGAAGCACGCCACCGCCACCGUGGCCUGCCAGCGCCUGGGCCCACGCAACAGAAGCAGCAGUCUGUUCAGCGAGGUUGUGCAGAUGAACUUUGAGAUCGCCAGCUUCAGCAGCCUCUCGGGGACUCAGCCCAUCACGUGGCAGGUGGAAUACCCGCGGAAGGGGACCACCGACAUCGCCGUAUCCGAGAUCUUCGUCAGCCAGAAGGACCUGGUGGGCAUCGUGCCGCUGGCCAUGGACACUGAAAUCCUGAACACAGCCAUCCUCACAGGAAAGACAGUGGCGGUGCCCCUCAGGGUGGUCUCCGUGGAGGAGAACAGCGCGGUGACCGACAUCUCAGAGUCGGUGGAGUGCAAGUCUGCGGAUGAGGGUGUCAUCAAAGUGUCCGACCACUGUGACUAUGUCUUUGUCAAUGGCAAAGAGAUCAAGGGCAGGAUGGAUGCAGUAGUGAAUUUCACCUACCAGUACCUGAGCGCCCCCCUGCACAUCACCGUGUGGGUGCCCCGGCUGCCCCUGCAGAUUGAGGUCUCUGACACAGAGCUCAGCCAGAUUAAGGGCUGGAGGGUCCCCAUCGUGGCCAGCAAGAGGCCCACGCGGGACAGCGAGGACGAGGAGGAGGAGGAGCGGCGGGGCCGGGGCUGUGCCCUGCAGUUCCAGCACGCCACUGUGCGGGUCCUCACCCAGUUUGUGUCCGAGGGGGCCGGCCCCUGGGGCCAGCCAAGCCACCUGCUGGGCCCCGGCUGGCAGUUCGACAUCACCCCCCUGGUGGUGGACUUCAUGAAGCUGGAGUCGCCUCACGUGGCCACGCUGCAGGACGGCAGGAUCCUGGUCGGGCGGGAGGUCGGGAUGACCACCAUCCAGGUGCUGUCCCCACUGUCUGACUCCAUCCUGGCAGAGAAAACGGUCACCGUGCUGGAGGACAAAGUGUCGGUGCUGGACUUGGCCAUCCAGCUUGUGGCUGGGCUGUCUGUGUCCCUCCACCCCAACGCUGAGCACAGCAAGGCCAUCACAGCCGUGGCCACCGCCGAGGAGCUGCUACGCACCCCCAAACAGGAAGCCAUGGUCAGCACGUGGCUACAGUUCAGUGACGGCUCCGUGACACCCCUGGACAUCUACGACACCCAGGACUUCUCGCUGGCUGCCACCUCCCUGGAUGAGGCUGUGGUGUCUGUUGCCCCCGCCCGCUCUCCCAGGUGGCCCCUGGUGGUGGCCGAAGGGGAAGGUCAGGGCCCACUGGUCCGAGUGGACAUGACCAUCGCCGAGGCCUGUCAGAAAUCCAAACGCAAGAGUGUCCUGGCCGUGGGCAUUGGCAACAUCAGGGUCAAAUUUGGACAGAGUGACGCCGACACCAGCCCCACCGGGGACAAGGACGAGGAUGACAUCAAGAACCACACCAGUGACCGUCGGCAGAAGGGCCAGGACGAGCGUUUCCAGGAGCGGGAGGAAGGGGCCCUGCGGAGGGCCACCACCACGACGGCCAAGUCACUGCAGGACAACAGGGUGGGGAAGAGCAGCCGGCUGGACGGGGACGCGCCGCCCGGGGAGGGGCAGCUGCAGAACAUCCCCAUUGACUUCACCAACUUCCCAGCCCACGUGGACCUGCCCAGGGCGGGGGCCGGGCUGGAGGAGAGCGACCUGGUGCCCACGCCCCGGGGCCUGAGCGACCUGGAGAUCGGCAUGUACGCCCUGCUGGGGGUCUUCUGCCUGGCCAUCCUGGUCUUCCUCAUCAACUGUGCCACCUUUGCCCUCAAGUACAGGCACAAGCAGGUGCCCCUGGAGGGCCAGGCCUCCAUGACCCACUCCCACGAUUGGGUGUGGCUGGGCAACGAGGCCGAGCUCCUGGAGAGCGUCGGGGACCCGGCCCCGCCCCAGGACGAGCACACCACCGUCAUCGACCGCGGGCCGGGGGGCCACGAGGAGGGCGACCACCUGCUCCUCAACGGGGGCUCCCAGAAGCAGGUGCAGAGCCAGGUGCGCAGGCCCACGGACCCAGGGAGGCCAGGCAAGGCACAGAAGCCAGAGGCCCCGCACUCGCCCACCUCCAAGCGGAAGAAGGUGAAGUUCGCCACCUUCACCACCAUCCCCACCGACGGCGGCUGCCCCACUGUGAACUCCAUCCUGGGUGGCCAGGAGGAGAUCCAGUGGGUGUGCCAGGAUGUGGAGGUGGGUGCCCCCAAGGAGCUCAGAAACUAUCUGGAGAAAUUCCAGGAGAAGGCCUAAGUCCUGUGGCCAAGGGCCUUCAGACCCCGGGGUCAGCGGACACGGGCCCCAGUGGGCAGAGGGCAUCCUGAGAGGUUGAGUGGGGCUGGGCUGGGCUCCCCCCAGGCCCAGUGGGAAGUUCUGAAGCUAGGAAGGACAUUUUUGUAUCAAGAAUUUUUUAGCAGUUGAUGACGGUGGAUUUUGGAAAGUCGGUUCCCCUGUUCUGGGAGCAAGGGACAGAUGGGAGUGCUGAGUCCUGCCACGCCCCAGAGGAUGUUGUCUUACGGACACCCACGAGCUACCAAAAAUGAUUUGUUAAAAAAUGCAAAACGACAGAUAAAAAGAGACAGAUCGUACUCUGUUUAUAUUUCUAAUAAAGAAGCAGAAUACAAAAGCAGGGUCUUCCAAGAGGAGGCCCUGCAUCCGAGGUCUACGUCGCCUGGCCAGGGAAGAGACCUUCUCCGUGCCGAUGUGGCCUCCGGGCAGAACUGAGGACCUGGACAUUCCAACAGUGGCCUCCUCCUUCCUCUUGCACAUUUCCUUUUUACGGCCUAGACUCACACUUGAUUUAUAUUUAACGCUGAUCUCUGAGGAUCACGUGGUAUAUUUUUCCUAAAUGAAAUAUAAAUUAUAUUCUCUUCGUCAGACAGCUUUUCGGCAACGAUGUCCAUCCCUCCACUCCUCGCCCUGUGACUGUCGAGCUUUCUCGUCUCCUUCCGGCUUCGCUGGGACGUUACAAUUAGGAAAAGCUCUCUACGCCUUCAGUGACCCCACCACCGCCAUCACAGGGUCUAGGCCCGGGAGUGGGUCCCGUUCAGCAGGACGGAGCCCAGCCCGGACCACCCACCACACAGAGUGCCUGCCCGGUGGGGAGGUUGGGUCAAACCCCAGAGAGGCUGUACCCAGGUGGAAUCGGUGUCAACUUUCGGGGUGGGUGUGUCGCAAGGCACAGCCAAUGUUGAAAAAUGACCCAAGAUGAGAAGUGUUUGGGGGGAUUUAAGCUGCUUUUCUGACUUUGCCGGGCAGGGUACACCAGCAUAAACUCGGAAGACGCGCCCUGUGUUUGAUGUCCCUUAGCUGUGCUCUUGAGUAGCAUCACCGUUAGCCGCACACCACAAAACACAUUCAUCCAAAGCGACAGGCACAUGGCUGAGAAGACCUGCAUGGGGUGAAAUGACCACCUUUGUGACUCUCUGUUCAGAGCUGUGGAGGGGACAGAGCUUAAUGCUCCCAGCAGGGAGACGCUCACAGAGAUGCCAGGGAUGGUUUCUGGUGUUUUUUUAAUCAUUAUUAUUACUAUUAUUACUAAAGUCAGUAGCUGGGAAAGGGUCUUGGAAGCCUCUGAGGCUUAGUUGGACCUUUGAAAAAUAUAUUUGUAGCACAUAUUAUAAACGGAAAGAAGCUAUUUAUUUAUACCUGUGAUGCCAGUUGUCAUUAAAAUGUUUCCGGUGGCUUGACUGCU